CAGGGUUUGUUAUUGCAGUAGUGACGUAGGCUUUUGGCUGAGUUCGUGGUGUAAACAAACCUCCUGAAAUACUUUCAUCUGAAGUUCCAGAGUAGCUAACUGUUCGAUUUGUAACUUUAUUUCAUGUAUUUUAAAAGGGCCAAACUUCCCUUGUCCUCAUUUUGCUUUUCUUACCUGAAGUAAUUAGCCGACUUCAUUGGGAAAACAUUUAGCUAUUUCCGUAACUUUGCACCAGCUAACUUAGAUUAGUAUACCUACCAAGGUUCGCAAGUUUAUAGCUAUUAUUCGGCUAUAAUAGACUAUCUGUGGUCUGAUUUUAUUCUGCGACGUUGGAUUAGAUUUCUAAAUUGAAGUUUUUAUUAAACAGUCAUUGCAUUAGCUUGCUAAGUUAACUAAACUCGUGUGAUUAGCAAGUAUUAUUUGCAUUAGCGAGUUAACGUUAACUUCCAUACUAGCUAGGUGUUAACGGAGGCAUACAACUCACCGGCUAGACUAGCUAAAGGAAGCAAGCCAAGGCGGAUUCAAGCAUGCAGCCCUACCCUCCAAGAUGGAGUGGUGCACCCCGGGCCUAACGUUGCACGAUCCAAGAAGCUUUCAGACAUGGUGAAACUGACCAAGGCCAAGACUUUUCAGGCAUACCUGGACUUCUGUCAUCGCAGGUACAGCUGUGUACACUGCCGCGCUCACCUGGCCAACCACGAUGACCUCAUCUCCAAGUCUUUCCAGGGAAGCCAGGGACGGGCCUACCUUUUCAACUCUGUGGUGAAUGUGGGGUGUGGUCCAGCUGAGGAAAGAUUGCUUCUGACAGGCCUGCAUGCUGUGGCAGAUAUCUACUGUGAGAGCUGUCACACCACACUGGGCUGGAAAUAUGAGCAAGCAUUUGAGUCCAGUCAGAAGUACAAGGAGGGGAAGUUCAUCAUCGAGCUCUCUCACAUGAUCAAGGAUAAUGGAUGGGACUGAGCAGAGUCUAUGUUUCUGUCCAUUUAUUCUGUGUCCAAUUAAGAACACAGCCUCUCUGUCACCAAGUCACUUUCAUUCUCACCGAUUCUGUCCAGAAUUGUAACUUUUGCUUUAGAAACUUUGUUAUGGCUGGUCUUUCAUGACUGAUGCUUGCACCACUGCCAUUGUCAGUGUUUACCGAGUGCUGUGUCUCACACCGACUCAUCUCAUGUUAAUAGUUUCUGAAUGGCCUGCUGAAUAGUUAAAACAGUGGCAUGCAUUUAAUUAUUUACGAAGACAUCCUAGCAUUAUGUGUGGAAUGAGCACAGUAUGUUUUGAAUGUUUUCAUAAGAUUAUUUUAAAAUAUAAACUCCCAUACCAACAUUUCAGUGAGUUCACAUUUGAUCUUCGUAGUUUUCAUGAAUUUCGAAUUCCUAGAAAUAUGAAAGAAAACAUUUUUUUUUAAUUGUCGCAUCCAGGUUGUUUAAUUCCAUGUUUUUAGUAAAAAUAUUAAAUUUUCAUGUUUUUUUGUUGUUGAAUAUUUUAAUUAUGUAGUACUCCAUGAUUGAUUUUGUAUUAUUUUAAAUUUUGAUUAACGUGUGGGGGUGGAGGGGAUUUGAGUGGUUGAUGGUGACUGAUUUAAAUUUUUUGUGUUGUGAUGACGUGUUGCUAUGACCACUAUGAAUUAUAUUUUAUUACCAUAUGUGCAAUGUAAGAGAAUGUAGAAAAGUUUCAGGUGGAAUGUUUGUUUGGGUAUUAAGUGCAAUAUUUGUGACUGAUCACAUUAGGUUGGGCAAUGGAAGAUGGUUCAGUCCUUGUGAAAUGCUGUUUCUUAAAUUGCCCCAGUAGCCAGGUUUAUUUGGCUUGAAUGGCAAUUUAUCAGUGCUUUCAAGCAUUUUAAGACCCCUCUUAUGGAGCUCCCCCCUUCCAGGUGUAUGUAUGAAUGGUUUGUGUGUCUUCACACUGUAUAAUAUGUAUUGGUAUUAUUACGCCAAUUGUUUUUCAUUGCUUAUGCCGUUGAAACUCACUGGUUGGCAGUUUGCCCAAAUGUCACAAAAUGUGGCUUGUCAGGGUGAUUUCAUUAUGUCACAUUGUUUAUACCAUAUGAAAUUUCUGUACUCUUGUCAAACAAUUUUUUAUCACUUAAGUUGAAGGAUACUGGGUUUGGCUCGUGUGUAGUUUGCUGCUUCUUUUGUUGUGUGUUCUUUUUUGUGUGCAAAUAACUUCUGCUUCACCUUGUGUAAGGUAUAUUGCCAAAAACAAUUAAAUGUGGUUAAUAAUUUUAAGUGCUUUAUAUUUGUGGGGAAAAGUCAAUUUGGUAAAUAAAGCCUUGUUGAAAAUGU